AUUGUAAGGUACAAGGCUCACAAGUACCAAAGCUUCAUUUAAAUUAAAAUUGUUUCAAACUUUGUAGGACAGCAAUGAAAAACAGUUUUGGCAUCCAAAAAAUGAACGAGUUUAUGAAAAUAAAGAGAUUUUUCACUGAAUAUGCACAUGACAUUCUAAAUACACUUUAUGAAGCGGAAAAAGGAAAUAUUAUAAUAAAAAUGGAUUCAGAUCAACUGCAAAUGAGACCAAAACUUAUAAAAUUUAUUCAAGAUUUUGCUCGAUGCCACAAAUAUUCUGAUUCCACUGUUCAUUUAGGAGUCUACAUUUUGGAUGUUUACAUGGAUACGUACAUAUUGUCAAAUUAUUUUGAACAUCAGAAGCUUAUGUCACUUGUUUGCUUAUUGUUAGCUGCUAAAUCUGAAGAGAUCGAUGAAGCUGUGCCAUCAAUAAAAGAUCUUUUAAUGAUUAUCGACAUGUCCCAAGACAUCGGAGUGGAUUUCAAAUGUAUAGACAAAUACGAUUCGAAAAGUAUCAAUUCUGCUUAUAAAACAUUCGCCGGAAUGUACUGUAAACUUGAAUAUUUGAUAUUUGAAAGCUUAUACUUCAAUACGGUAAGACCAACGACGAUGACAUUUAUUAAAAUUUUCCAAACAGUUAUUGUGUCGGAAAGUGACAUUAAAGAUGUAGAAAAAGGCUGUGAAAAAUCCUGCGAAACUUUGGGUGAUUUACGAUUAUCUGCUCUUGAAUAUAUUAAAGAAUUCAGUGAAAUUAUUAUUGUUGAUGUUGCAUUUUUCAAUAUUCAACCUUCUAAAAUUGCUGCUGCAAUUCUCUGUGCAACAAGAAAACUUUUGAAAAUCAAAAAAUUUUGGACUGAAACACUUUCUCAACUUACAAGAUACAAAUUUGAUGAGAUUCAAAAUCUGAUGAUGAGUUUGAAUGAGAAACGUAACGCAUCUCUUUAUCUUCAUACUAAUGUUGAUUUUGAAAUGAGAGAUUCUGGUUACGUUUCCCCAGACUCAGGUUCGGAAACUGAUGAAGUUGAAAAGAAGAAACAUAAACGUCAAAAAAUGGAUUUUUCUCGUUUUAAUUAGUAUUAAGCGACUCAGUCAUAAUUUUUCAAAUUUAUUGUGAAUACUUUAGCAAAUAAAGUAAUAUCUAAUUCCUAUAAUUCCUAUACAUCUUAAAAAUACUUAAAAUAUUGUGAACACAAAAUUCAAAAAUUCUCAUGUGAAAGAAUGUCGAAUUCUGACGUUAAGACAGAUUUAAGCUUAGAACGGCUUCGAAAUGUGAUUUAAUCUGUCAAACAGAUAAAUAUAAUAAUAAAAUGUUAAGAAUACAUGAAGAUAAGAAAAUGUUUACAAACAAACCUACU